AUGAAGCUCACCCCAGAGCUGCUAGCCCAGGUCUCCUCUCACCAAAAUCCUUUGAAGGAGCGCCAGCUCGACCUCAGAGGCUACAAAAUACCUGCCAUUGAGAAUUUGGGUGUGACACGGGACCAACAUGACUGCAUAGAUUUCACUGACAACGCCAUAAUCACCCUGGGCAACCUCCCUCUUCUAAAACGUCUCCAGACUCUCCUUCUCGCCAACAACCGAAUACAUAACAUUUCGGCGUCUAUCCAUCUAUCCGUGCCCAACCUACAGACUCUAGUCCUGACCAACAACAAUAUCACCGAGCUCGGUGACCUUGAGCCUCUCAAAGAGCUCAAACACCUCAAGUACAUCACUCUUUUGGGCAACCCUGUCCAGGAAAAAAAAUGGUAUAGAGAGUGGCUUGCCUGGAGAAUUCCUGGGCUAAGAGUUUUGGAUUUUCAGAGAAUUCGCGAUAAGGAACGCGCCCAUGCAAAAUCAUUGUUUGUGACAGCAGAUGGUCUGCCUACCGCUUUGGCGACCACCAUAUCUUCGACUGUCACUGCACACUCAACUAAGACUUCUCUCACCAUCGACGAGCCAAAGGCAGCACCAACAGUAAAAGCUGGUCGUUUGAUGUCGAAAGAGGAUCAGGAGAAGGUCAAGGCUGCUAUCGCAAAGGCGACAUCGAUAGAGGAAGUCAGAAGGCUAGAAAGAAGUUUGCGCGAAGGAUAUGUGCCAGAAUUUGACUCAGUGGGGGCAUAG